CUCUCCGCAGCUGGCUGCACCUUCGAGGAGGACAGUGACCCGAACCAGUGCGAGUACAGCCAGGGCGAGGACGAUGACUUCGGGUGGGAGCUCGUCCGCAGUUAUAUGAUGCCACACCUGACGGCUGACCUGCCUCACGGCUCCUACCUGAUGGUGAACUCCUCGCAGCACACCCCGGGCCAGAAAGCUCACCUGCUUUUCCAGGCGCUGAGCGAGAAUGACACCCACUGCCUCCAGUUCAGCUACUUCAUGUACAGCCGGGACGGCCACAGCCCCGGCACCCUCAGCGCCUACGUCCGGGUGACGGGGGGCCCGGUGGGCAGCGCUGUCUGGAACGCCUCCGGCUCCCACGGCCGGCAGUGGCACCAGGCAGAGCUGGCUGUCAGCUUGUUCUGGCCCAGCGAGUACCAGGUCCUCUUCGAGGCAGUGGUCUCCAGCGAGCGCAGGGGUUAUCUUGGCUUGGAUGACAUUUUGCUCUUGAACUAUCCGUGCUCAAAAGCACCUCAUUUCUCCCGCCUGGGUGACGUGGAGGUCAACGCGGGGCAGAACGCCACCUUCCAGUGCGUGGCUGCUGGCAAGGCCGCCGAGGCCGAGAGGUUCCUCAUGCAGAGGCAGAGCGGCGAGGUGGUCCCCGCUGCCUCGGUGAAGCACAUCAGCCACCGGCGCUUCCUGGCCACCUUCCAGCUGGACGAGGUGUCCAAGGAGGAGCAGGAUCUCUACCGCUGCGUCACCCAGUCCGGCCGCGGCUCGGGCGUCUCCAAUUUUGCCGAGCUCAUCGUGAAAGAGCCCCCCACGCCCAUCGCACCCCCCCAGCUGCUCCGGGCCGGUUCCACCUACCUCAUCAUCCAGCUCAACACCAACUCCAUCAUCGGCGACGGCCCCAUCGUGCGCAAGGAGAUCGAGUACCGCAUGACCUCGGGGCCCUGGUCGGAGGUUCACGCCGUCAACAUGCAGACCUACAAGCUCUGGCACUUGGAUCCGGACACAGAGUACGAGAUCAGCGUCCUGCUCACCCGGCCCGGCGAGGGAGGCACUGGCAAACCAGGGCCCCCCCUCAUCAGCCGCACCAAGUGUGCAGAGCCCAUGCGGGCCCCCAAAGGCCUGGCUUUCUCUGAAAUCCAGUCCAGGCAGCUGACACUGCAGUGGGAGCCGCUGGGCUACAACCUGACCCGCUGUCACACCUACACUGUCUCGCUCUGCUACCGCUAUUUUGUGGGUAUUGGCCACAACCAAACCUUCCGGGAGUGUGUGAAGAUGGAGCAUAACGCCAACCGCUACACCAUCAAAAACCUGCUGCCCUACAAGAACAUCCACGUCAAGCUCAUCCUCUCCAACCCCGAGGGUCGCAAGGAGGGCAAGGAGGUGAUAUUCCAGACGGAUGAAGAUGUGCCUGGUGGCAUUGCCUCGGAGUCCCUCACCUUCACCCCGCUGGAGGAUAUGAUCUUUCUCAAGUGGGAGGAACCGGUGGAGCCCAACGGCCUCAUCACGCAGUACGAGGUACGGCCUGGCCGGCUGCGGGACCCAUGGGGGACCCACGGGGACAUGGGGGGAUCUGGGGCAACUGCUGCUUUCAGUUCUCCCACCUUCGACUACGGGGACAUGCCAUCGCCGCUGAGCGAGUCGGAGAGCACCAUCACGGUGCUGCUGCGGCCAGCGCAGGGCAGAGGGGCUCCCAUCAGCACCUACCAGGUCAUUGUCGAAGAAGACCGUCCCAAGAAGCUGAAGCGGGAGCUGAGUGGGCAGGAGUGCUUCCCGGUGCCCCUCACCUUUGAUGACGCUGUGUCCCGUGGCUCUGUACACUACUUCGGGGCCGAGCUGCCUGCCAGCAGCCUCACUGAAGCCAAACCCUUCACCGUGGGGGACAACCAGACCUACAGUGGCUACUGGAACCCACCGCUGGAGCCCAAGAAGGCUUAUCUCAUCUAUUUCCAAGCCAUGAGCAACCUCAAAGGGGAAACUCGGCUGAACUGUGUCCGGAUUGCUCGCAAAGCUGCCUGCAAAGAGAGCAAACGUCCCCUUGAGGUUUCGCAGCACUCGGAGGAAAUGGGCCUGAUCCUGGGGAUCUGUGCUGGAGGGCUCAUCGUCCUGAUUAUCCUCCUGGGAGCCAUCAUCGUCGUCAUUCGGAAAGGGAGGAACUACUAUUCUUAUUCCUAUUACCCAAAACCCGUCAACAUGACCAAAGCAACCAUUAACUACCGCCACGAGAAGACACACAUGAUGAGUGCCAUCGACAGGAGCUUCACCGACCAGAGCACGCUGCAGGAGGACGAGCGCCUGGGGCUCUCCUUCAUGGACACCCACAACUAUGGCAACCGGGGUGACCAGCGCAGCAGCGUGGUCAACGAGUCCAGCAGCCUGCUGGGGGGCUCCCCCCGCCGCCAGUGCGGCCGCAAAGGGUCCCCGUAUCACACUGGGCAGCUCCACCCCGCUGUGCGGGUGGCGGAUCUCCUCCAGCAUAUCAACCAGAUGAAGACAGCAGAAGGCUACGGCUUCAAGCAGGAGUAUGAGAGUUUCUUUGAAGGCUGGGAUGCUUCGAAGAAGAAAGACAAGACCAAAGGGAGACAGGAUCAUGUGUCGACAUAUGACCGUCACCGAGUGAAGCUGCACCCGCUGCUGGGCGACCCCAACUCCGAUUACAUCAACGCCAACUACAUCGAUGGCUACCACAGGUCCAACCACUUCAUAGCCACACAAGGGCCCAAGCAGGAGAUGGUGUAUGACUUCUGGCGCAUGGUGUGGCAGGAGCACUGUUCCAGCAUCGUGAUGAUAACCAAGCUGGUGGAGGUGGGCCGGGUGAAAUGCUCCAAAUACUGGCCGGAUGACUCUGAAAUGUACGGGGACAUCAAGAUCACCCUGGUGAAGUCGGAGACGUUAGCCGAGUACGCUGUCCGCACCUUCGCUCUUGAGAGGCGGGGCUACUCAGCCCGACAUGAGGUGAAGCAGUUCCACUUCAUGUCGUGGCCCGAGCACGGUGUCCCCUACCACGCCACGGGGCUGCUGGCCUUCAUCCGCAGGGUGAAGGCGUCCACGCCGCCCGACGCCGGCCCCAUCGUCAUCCACUGCAGUGCCGGCACGGGGAGAACUGGCUGCUACAUCGUCCUGGAUGUUAUGUUGGACAUGGCUGAGUGCGAGGGCGUCGUGGACAUCUACAACUGCGUGAAGACCCUGUGCUCACGGAGGAUCAACAUGAUACAGACGGAGGAGCAGUAUGUCUUCAUUCACGAUGCCAUCCUGGAAGCCUGCCUGUGUGGGGAGACCAGCAUCCCUGCCAGCGAGUUCAAGCCCACCUACAAGGAGAUGGUGAGGAUAGAGCCGCAGAGCAACUCCUCACAGCUGCGGGAGGAGUUUCAGACCCUCAACUCGGUGACUCCCCACCUGGACGUGGAGGAGUGCAGCAUCGCCCUCCUGCCCCGCAACCGGGAGAGGAACCGCAGCAUGGACGUCCUGCCGCCCGACCGAUGCCUUCCCUUCCUCAUCUCCGUGGACGGAGACAGCAACAACUACAUCAACGCGGCCUUAACUGAUAGCUACACCAAGAGUGCUGCCUUCAUCGUCACCCUGCACCCGCUGCAGAACACCACCACCGACUUCUGGCGGUUGGUGUACGACUACGGCUGCACCUCCAUCGUCAUGCUCAACCAGCUCAACCAGUCCAACUCCGCCUGGCCCUGUUUGCAGUACUGGCCUGAGCCGGGGCUCCAGCAGUACGGCCCCAUGGAGGUGGAGUACGUGUCCGGAGCGGCAGAUGAGGACAUCGUGUCCCGUCUAUUCCGAGUCCAGAACAUCACACGGUUGCAGGAGGGGCACCUGAUGGUCCGGCAUUUCCAGUACCUGCGGUGGUCAGCGUAUCGAGACACCCCGGACUCCAAGAAGUCCUUCCUGCACCUCCUGGCCCAAGUGGAGAGGUGGCAGAAGGAAAGCGGCGAUGGCCGGACCGUGGUGCACUGCCUGAACGGAGGUGGCCGGAGCGGCACCUUCUGUGCCUCCACCAUGAUCCUGGAGAUGAUCAAGUGUCACAACAUGGCAGAUGUUUUCUAUGCUGCAAAGACCCUUCGCAACUACAAGCCAAAUAUGGUAGAGACCUUGGAGCAGUAUCAUUUCUGCUACGACAUAGCACUGGAAUAUCUGGAGUCCCUGGAGACCAGAUAGCACCUCGCCAGAAGAGAGGCGGCAAGGGCUUGCGCAGGGGUCGUGCCAACCGUGAGUUUUGCACUUGGACGUUGCGUUAGCGCUGAAAGUGAGGAGGGAAACAGCAAAGGGCCCAACGAGAAAACCCAUCAGAUCAAGAAAAACGAAAGGACGUGGAGACAUGUCAGCCGCUCCUCAUCUUCAUCCUCCGCUCUCCAUAUUUUCUUCCCACCCCAAGUGCGUCGGAGCGGCCGCGGGUUGGAUGCCACGACUCGUCCUGUCCCUGCUCUGAGUCGCGGUGGUGGGGUCGGAGUGUGCAGGAUGUGGCCCCUCAGCGCUGCCUGGGCAUCAGUAAAGCAGCUGGAGAGGAGGCCAGGGAGGGGAGGAGGAGGACAGAAGGAGCCGAGGCUGUUUCCCAGCAGGGAAGGAUGGAUGUUUGGAGAAGAGAUGUUGCUUUUUCAAUUGUGCGUGGAAUUGAAGCAGCUCUUCCGAGGAGCCCAGAUGGCUGCUGGCAGGUUUUGCCCUUGGUGGGGACAUGCUCUGAGCCAGAGCAAAGACCCUGAGAGGAGCUUUUGAGUUUUUGCCCGUUUGCAUCAUGAGUUUGAUCUUCGCUUUUUUUAGUUCUGUGAGUUGCAACCUUUUGUGUAUCCAGCCCUGGAAAGAACAGGGGCAAGGGAAGGGAGGUGGAGGGUCGGGGCUCAUGCUGUGGCGCGGGGGACACUGGGCAUGCGAUGUCCCUCUGCAGGGACCAACCCAGACCCUUCCUGGCACCCUUGCAGAGCUUUUCAAGUGAUGG